AUGACGACUGAAGACCCAAGAAAAGAAGAAGGAAUUCGGCACCACAGCGCCCAUUACAGGACCAUGCCUCGUCGUCUAGCUAGUCGUGGCAUCGUUCACCACAAGUACUUGAUUCAUCAGCUGGGUAAAACUCUGGCAGUUUCUUCUCCAGCUUCGAAGCUUCAUCUCCAGGACUUUCCUUCAGCUACACCAACUUCUCGCUUGCUCCAUAGGUAUCUUGUUCUGUAUACAGAUAAAGAUGUAAACGAGCAGAAGCAGCAAUAUUUCCAGCAAGGCGAGAGAGAGAAUGGAGGUGUUGAAGCAAUGGGUGAAGGGGGCGUCCUGCAGGUGCUGCUCUUGAGCUCCAUGCCCCGCAGCGGCUCCACACUAGUCGCCCAGCUUCUUGCCACGCACCCAGAAUCUGUUCUCUUCUUCGAGCCCCUGUCAAGCCGGAAGAAGACACCCUGUGCCCGAAAUGGGUCCUGUGUAGGAGGCUUUUUAACAAGGCUAUUUAAGUGUACUUACGAUAAAACAUUUGAGCGUUGGCUUCUAGGGAAUGACCUUUUCUUACAGUAUUUUAAUGCAAACACUCGACGAUGCUUCAGGAGACCAAAAGAAGGAGGCAGUGGAUGUAAACGUGGGUUGGAGCUGCGCAGUACGUGUAAAAUCUCCAGAGUCAGGGUAGUCAAGGUAAUCAGAUCUCGAUUGUCAUGGCUGGAAGGUCUUUUAAACGAUCCUUCUCUCAACAUUAAAAUUAUCCACCUAAUUCGUGAUCCUAGAGGGUCAUUAAAGUCAAUAAAAAAACUGAACUGGAAUAGUAAACCUUCCUUCAGAUGCGGCGCCUUAGAAGAUGAUAUGAGACACUAUGACAUCUUACUUAAAAAGUACCCAGCACAAGUGACUAGGUUACGUCUGGAGAAACUGUCUAUUGAGCCUUUCAGCACGGUAAGUAACUUAUACAAGUUUCUGUAUGGUAAUCAAAGUCUUGGCAAAGAAACUGUGCAAUUCCUGAAGGAACACACCGCAGCUCCGGAGGGAAGUGUGUUUCCUGGAGACAACAUGGAGACACGAAGGAACAGUAGCAGGGAGUACCAGGCCUGGCGGUGGAGGAUCCCAAGCCUACUACUGAAGGAGACAGAGGGUGAGCCGGCGUGCCGGGCCGUUAUCACCAGACUGGGACACGCUCUCUUUGGCUCCAUCCACAAUGUCAGAAACGCUACUCUCCCUCUUGACACUACACUAAAACAGAAAUAAAAGUUAAAUUUAGCC